AUGUCCAUGCCUAUGGCAAGCACCACCCUAGCAGUUAACAAUCUCACCAACACGAACAUAGGCGCAAACGCUAACAAACACUUUUACCACCAGGCCGUCGAUUCGCCCGCAAGAUCCUCAAUGACCGCCACGACCGCCGCCAACUCCAACGGCAACUCCGCCAGAGAUGACUCUACCAUCGUCGGUCUGCAUUAUAAGAUCGGCAAAAAAAUAGGCGAAGGUUCCUUUGGUGUCCUGUUCGAAGGUACCAAUAUGAUCAACGGCGUGCCUGUCGCCAUCAAAUUCGAGCCCAGGAAAACCGAGGCCCCUCAACUGAGAGAUGAGUACAAGACCUACAAGAUUCUUAAUGGUACGCCGAAUAUCCCGUACGCGUACUACUUCGGUCAGGAAGGCCUGCACAAUAUUUUGGUCAUUGACCUGUUGGGACCCUCUUUGGAAGACCUAUUCGAUUGGUGCGGGAGGAAAUUUUCCGCGAAAACCGUCGUUCAAGUGGCUGUGCAAAUGAUUACUUUGAUCGAAGAUUUGCACGCCCAUGACCUGAUCUAUCGUGACAUUAAGCCGGACAACUUCUUGAUUGGAAGGCCCGGUCAACCCGACGCAAACAACAUCCACUUGAUUGACUUCGGCAUGGCCAAACAGUACCGUGACCCAAAGACCAAGCAGCACAUCCCAUACAGAGAGAAAAAAUCGCUAAGCGGCACCGCCAGAUAUAUGUCCAUCAACACUCAUUUGGGCAGAGAACAAUCCAGAAGAGACGAUAUGGAGGCCCUGGGUCACGUUUUCUUUUAUUUUCUGAGAGGCCACCUGCCUUGGCAGGGCCUAAAGGCACCGAACAAUAAGCAGAAAUACGAAAAAAUCGGUGAAAAGAAAAGGUCUACCAACGUCUACGAUCUAGCUCAAGGUUUGCCUGUACAAUUUGGUAGGUAUCUGGAAAUCGUUAGAAGUCUUUCCUUUGAAGAAUGUCCCGAUUAUGAAGGUUAUAGAAAGCUGCUGCUAUCCGCACUUGAUGAUUUAGGCGAAAAUGCAGACGGCCAAUACGAUUGGAUGAAACUGAAUGACGGCCGUGGCUGGGAUCUGAGUAUAAACAAGAAACCAAAUCUGCAUGGCUACGGCCAUCCAAAUCCCCCAAAUGAAAAAUCAAGAAAGCAUAGGAAUAAACAGCUUCAAAUCCAACAACUCCAACUCCAACAGCAACAACAGCAACAACAGCAACUCCAACAGCAACAGCAACUCCAACAACAACAGCAGCAGGCCCAGAAAAAUGAAGCCGACUUGCGCAAUCCUCAGUAUAAGCCAAAGCUAGACCCUACUUCCUAUGAAGCAUACCAGCAUCAAACCCAGCAGAAGUAUUUGCAAGAGCAACAAAAGAGGCAGCAGCAACAGCAACUACAGGAACAACAACUGCAAGAGCAACACCAGCAACAGCUACAUGCUCCCGGUCAAUCUCAAUCCCAGUCUCAGCCUCAACCUCAGACACAACCUCAAUCUCAGCAAUUUGGUGCCGCUCAUUAUCGGCCACAACAGCAGCCCGCUGCUGCCCUGAGAACUCCUCAACAACAGCUAAAUGAUGAGAGCUCAAGCUUAGCCGCUUCUCACAAGGGGUUUUUCCAGAAAUUGGGUUGUUGCUAA